CUUUGCUGGACAUUUAUAAGCAUACAAUUCCUGGUUUUGUUGUUUGGCAUUUGUGGAAAAUGUAUGCUGCUAUGAUUUGGGGGGAUUUACAGAAACCCAAGCCAAUAAAUUUUGUUAUUCACAAAAUCAAAUUAUUCAUACAAGAUUGGUCAAGAGCUAAGCUACAGAAGGUUAAAGCGAGCCCAGCAAGGAUGCUUUUUGAGGAAAAUCUCAUUUCUGAUUCUUUUAAUAAGAUUGAACGCAGAUAUCGAGUUGUGAGGUGGAAUUUACCUGUUUCGAGCUUUAAGCUGAAUGUAGAUGCCUCUCUCUUUCAAGGUCAAGCUACAGGUGGGGCGGUGAUGCGUUCCAAGUCUGGGAAUUUCGUUUGGGCGAUUUCCUUUCCCGUUGAAGCAAGGUCGGUUCUUGAAGCUGAGACGCAUACUCUCUAUACAGCUGUGUCUUGGGCUAUUGGGAAAGGUUUUAGGGAUUUUGAAGUUGAAUCCGAUUCUUUGGAGGUUAUCAGGUCGAUUGAAGAUGGUUUGCAGACUAGGAGAUGGAGAGGCUUGUUCGAACAGAUGAGAAU